UUAUUAUUGUAGGAACUUAUUAGCUUAUUAUCUUGUUUAUAAUGUCAAUGAUAUAGUCAGAAAAGUAUCCAGCCCCAUCAGUUGGUCAGGAGAACUACAUGGUGUAAAGUGGACAUCUGUGGGCUCCGAUUAAAAACAAUUACUUACAAUUAAGGGUUUGGAGGUUAAACAGAUGGGAGGCAUUGAUGUGUGGGAGCAGUCUUUUAAGACUUAUGUAGGACAGCAAGAAACAAUGGAAAGUGGGCGUCGCAAAGCACAUCCCAGCGGAGGCAAAGGUUUAAGUGAGGAGUGUGGAGUUAGUGUUGGAGACCGUGUCGUGUGGUUAACUGAGGAGUAUCCUGAGCUGGGUUGGGUGCGCUGGACAGGGAAACAACCAGGCUUAGAUGGCAGCCCGGGUUGGAUGGUUGGAGUGGAGUUUGACCAUCCAGUAGGUAACGACAACCACAGAGUCAAUGGCCGUCAGCUCUUUGAUGCCAAAAUGAACCAUGCAUCCUUAUUGCCUGUCACAAGUCUAAUGAAGGCUGAAGAUUUUCUAGGUUCUGAAGCCCUUAACGUGGAACACCACAGUGGACGUAACUCUAGUGGGAAAAGACCUGCCCACCUCACCUCAAAGGGAGAUAACCAGUUGGGAAGUGACAUCUCCAGUAUGACGCCCUUCCACCUCCUGGCCUACGAGCAACUCUCUGCCUCCGGCCAGCGCAACUCCGACCCUCCGCCGCCUUACUCCGAGAAGGAAGACUGGGAGAUCCUGCCGCACAUGACCUAUUCCGUGCAGAAAAAUAUGUUGUCCAGCAAUAAGGAAACCCUCCACGACCACAAAUCCCGCCAGAGAGACAAGGGCAAGAUCCUGAACCGAAACCUCGACAAGAAGAACAACAAGUGGAAGUCUCCCGGCACAGGCACGAGGGCCACUAAUGUCAAUGCCGAUGUGGACCAGAAUUCUCCGAUCGGGGGCUUCGGCGAUAACGACUUCCCCGUGAACCCCCUCUACCAUUUGUCGCUUCACGGAAUCGACCAAUUGGAAGUUGUGUCAGACGGCGAUGGAAGUGUGUACGAGACUCCAGAGGGUAGCGUAGAAGGGACAGAAGAGGAUCUUGACAUUGGGUCACUGGUGGAGGUCGUCAUUAAGGAGGUCCCAAGGUUUGGUGUCAUACGUUGGAUUGGCACUGUGCCAGGAGACAAAAAAGAGGGACGGAAAGUUGCUGGAGUGGAAAUGGAAGAUGCCGAGGAUGGCUUGUCCGAUGGAACAUUCAGCGGAAAGCGGUAUUUCACGUGUGCGGCUGGGAAGGCGUUAUUUGUCCCACUGCGCAUGUGCCAUAGGGACAGCCGCUUCCUCGAGUCCAUAUCGUCCAAUCCAAGAGCCAGUCUUGGGUCCUCAUCCAGAGCUUUUGGCAGUAUGGAUUGUCAACCAGUAGGUGGGAGUGUUCCUCCAUUGUCGACACCAGAAGAGGUGCGAGCGAUGUUUGGCAAGAACCGAGGCAUUCAAGGUCACCAGAAUUCAUGUUAUCUUGAUGCCACACUCUUCAGCAUGUUUGCGUUCACCAGUGUUUUUGAUAACCUGCUGUUUCGACCUCCAACGCCUCAGGAUAUAAAAGAGUAUAAUGAGGUCCAAAGAGUGUUGAGGGAGGAAAUUGUGAAUCCUUUAAGAGCAAAUCUCUUUGUGCGUGCUGAUAGAAUUAUGAAGCUGCGUACAAUGCUUGACCAUCUCUCCUCUGUACGAGGCCUGACCACAGAGGAAAAAGACCCGGAGGAGUUUCUGCAUUCCCUUCUUGCACAGAUCUUGCAGGCUGAGCCACUGUUACAGCUCUCCUCAGGACAAGAAGCAUACCACUACCAACUCUUUGUGGAUAAGGACGAGAAGCUGAACCUGCCGUCAGUUCAGACGCUGUUCGAUCAGUCCUUUCUUACCUCAGAUAUCAAGUUGAAGCAAGUUCCGUCCUGUUUAAUAAUCCAGAUGCCAAGGUUUGGAAAGGAUUACAAGAUGUACCCAAGAAUAUUACCUUCCAUGGUUUUAGAUGUUACUGAUGUUAUUGAAGAUUCACCUCGCCAAUGUAUCAUCUGUGGGAAGCUUGCAGAAUAUGAGUGUCGAGAGUGCUUUGGCCAGUGUGGGUCAGGUCUGGAGAGUAUUGCAUUCUGUGCCAAGUGCAUGGAUAAGGUCCACAGCCAUAAGAAAAGGGGAAGUCAUGGAUCAACCCGAAAACUGAAAGUUCCCCCAGACUUCCAGAUGUUAGCAGACCACUGUGGAUCCAUUCCGAGAGUGUACAUGGAGCUCUUUGCUGUAGUGUGCAUUGAGACAUCGCACUAUGUGGCUUUCACACGGUGUGGUUCAGGUGCUGAUGCCACUUGGUGCUUCUUUGAUUCCAUGGCUGACAGGAAAGGGGAACAACAUGGCUACAACAUCCCAACAGUAGUAGAGUGCGGAGACCUCAUGCAGUGGGUGGGAGAGGAAGGUAGCCAGAUGCUCCACGCUGUCACUGACAACAAAGCCCUGCCUGACCUCCCCCGACGCCUACUCUGUGAUGCGUACAUGUGCUUCUAUCAGAGUCCCAAAGUCAUGAUGUAUAGAUAAGAUAUAUGAGGUUUUUGCAGAAUUGCAGUGCAUUUUUUCAGCAUAAUUGCAAAAAUGUUGAGGAGAUGAAUGUGUGAUAAUGGGUAUUGCCCCCUCCCUAGCUGUCUUUAAUAAGGUGUUCAGUAUUGUUGAAACUCUAACCAGUGUUGCAGAAACUCACACAAAUCAAAAGAAGAAAAAUAGAGCACAAAGCUUCUUAUUCAUAGUAGCUGUUUGAUCUGUGGUUUGCAUAACCACCGUAGGGAGCCAAUUGCACUAACCCAGUCUUAUGCAUUGCCUGAUUAUAGCAGCACUAUUACUGGGUCAGGCACGGAUGCCCUUCAGCCUUUAACCAGAAUACCAACUUGGUGGCAAUGUUUGUCUAGGGAGAUUUCUAUUUACUGUUUUAAAAAUUCUAUCUUGAAUAAGAUUACAAGUACCAGCUUGGUGGCAAUGUUUAUCUAGGGAGAUUUCUAUUUACUGUUUUAAAAACUCUAUCUUGAAUAAGAUUAUAAGUCCUGCAAAGUGAAUUGGUUAUUGAACUGAGAGUUAUGGUUGGAGCAGAUUAUGAAUGGUACAUGGAUAUUGCAUCUUAUUCUAAGUGGUGAAAGUUGCCAUCAGGUCUUUUUCUGCUUUUUGGAUCCUUUUAAAUGUAAUGUGCUUCUUUGAUUUUGAAAUUUGAACUGUAUAUGGAGUAAAGAGACAAAUUUCCAGAAGGCAGGUGAGGCAGCACUUAAUUUGCUAUGACAUUCAUGUAGUCAAGUGUCAUGAAUACCAUGACUAGAGAUAAGUGUUCUGUUGUUUAGCUUUAUGUGAGUAAAAGCUACUAAUAUGCUAGUCCAGAUUAAUUUUUUUUAUCCUUUUCUUCAGGAGUAGGUGAGAACUAUGUAUCAUGCUUAUGUAGUAAAUGAUCUGGUGUUAAAUACAAUAAUUAUCUGUCUCUUGAGGUCUGGUGCAAAGGGUUAUAUAUACUAGAUGUAUUUUUUUUUUUUUUUUUUUGUGGUUGCUGAAUGAACUGAAAUUUUCUUGUUAUCACAAAAGCUUACCUCAGUUAACAUAGCCAUACACUGAGCAGUGAGUUUCCUAUUGAGAAGGGGUUUGAGUACCAUGCAAGCUGGAAUUUUUUCUUGAAAGUUAGUAGAUAGUUUUAAUAUUUUCCUUAAAAGUGAACUGGCUGUAUGUUAUUUUGUAAUAUGAGGAAUUUGCAUGAUUUUUCUGUCCUUUUAGUUUCAAAUUGCAGCCAUUUUUAUACUCCCUAGUGGAUGUGAUGACGAUGUAUGUCGGUGGUUAACAGACUUUUCUAGCCACAUUUUGGGCUACGUGUCAUGUCUCCUUGCCAUGACCUGAUCACCCCCCUCCUUUUGCUGCCACCUGUACUUUUGUCACCAUUUAUCAAUAACUGAAUGCAUCACAUUUCCAUUGCAUACAUUGUAUACAUGUUUACUGGCAUUAAGAGGAUAUCAUUUGUAUUAGAUCAUAUAUUUUGUAGACUAUAUAGUAUAUGGAAACAAAAGGAAUAAUGUAAUGUUUUCACUGCAUCAGCCAGGAAACAGGGAGUUAUAAAUUUUAGUUCAAUCUUCUAAAUUCCAUCUAUUGUGAGUUUUAUGUGCACAAAGUAAGAGACUCUAAUCUACAAAUAUUAAAAGGGAAUAAAAAUGUAAACUACAGCCUGGAUAGAUAUUCUUAGGCCUCAUGCAAGUUUCAAACAUAAACAGCAGUCAGUUCUGCUGAAUUGUACAACAUUUACUAGGUAGUCUUGAAUUUGUGAUAGUUUAUGAAAUGUAUAAAAUUUUAAUGAGACAUGAAUAUAGAGUUGGUUUUGCAGAUUUUUCCUUGUGUAGCCCCGGCUGUUGUGAACUUGUACCCCAAGGUGUAUAUACACCACUAUUUAGGAACAGCUUCAUUAUCUCACAUACUUUAAUUGUUUAAUUUUUGGAAGGCAAGUAUUUUGAUUUUAAGUGUAUUACCCUUUGAAAAGCACUUGAUUCAAGCAAUAUAUAUUCUCAUAAGUCAGAAAGUGAGAAGGUAAUUAUUUUUUUUAUAUUUUGGUGUAAUUUCAUGGAUUUAUUUUGUUUUGAAAAAUACUUUCAACAAGCAAGUGAUGAUAUCAGUGUGCCUGCAGAGAAGCAGGAAUGAAGUGAGUGAUGGGAAGAGAAGGUAAUGUUUGUCAAAGGCCAGAAAAAAAAAAAAAAAAAAAAUGAAAAGAAUGAUGGGGAAAAAAAUAAGAAAAUAUAUACAUGUAUAUUCAUUUACAAAUACUGGACAGGAUUUAGAAUUUUGGGGCCCUAAAGUUUAUGAAGCUUGGGAGCCCCUCGUAAAGUGAAAAUAGGGUUGUGUAAAACAUGAGAACAUUGAUAUUUUUUAAUAUGUAGCAUAAACAAAUAAGUCAAUUUAAAGCAGUACAUAAUAUAUUCUAAAGGGCCACCAAAACUGGGAGGGCCCUUGAAAUGUGAGGUCCUAAGUAGUAACUUUGUAAUGUUUUGCCAAUGAAUUCCAGCCAUUUUUUUUUAUUUCCUCUGUCUUGGAAUAUUGUCCCCUUUCUUUAAUGUCUAUAUCUAGAUGUCUAACUUAUUAAAUGGUCAUAUGACCUACCAACUAUCA